CGUGACGUCAGAGGGUCAUGGCGUCCACGGCGUUGGAACCCUGGCAGGCUGCGGCUCCGCGAAGGAAAAGACGGUCUGCGGAGCGGCGACAGCGGGGCAGGGAGGUGGCCCUGCGGGACCUGGAGGCCCAGCCUGAGGUGGACUGCGGAGUCGUGCUUCGUCGCAUCCGGGAGGCAGGGAAGGACCUGCUUCUGUCUGAUUUCUGGAGUCUGGCACUAGAAACCGUCAACAGCUGUCUUAAAAAACAUCUGGAACAACUGAAGGUCCCUGAGGGGACUCUUUCGGAAGCCCUUGGAAACCUGCAUCUUGACUCCUCGCCAAAUGAGUCUGCUGCUGUGACUCCUGGCUUCAUCCCAGGGGAGAACCCAGUCCCGGGAACCUGCUGUUGGAAGUGUGUAUGUUAUGGCAUUGGAAACUUUGCCACCUGCGUCAUAGCUAGACACCAGCUCACCUUUCUGCUUCUCUUCCUGGAAAAGUGCCAGAUUCCCAGGAGGCACUGCUGGGUGUACGACCCUCUGUUUAGCCAGCUAGAAAUUGCAGUUCUGAAGAGCCUUGGUGUGACUGUUCUCAGUGAGAACGAGGAAGGCAGACGGAGCGUCCACGGUGAGCCCACCAUCUUCUACAUGCCCCACUGCGGCACAGCCCUGUACAACAACCUUCUGUGCAGUAACUGGUCAGUGGACGCCCUUGCCAAGAUGCUCAUCAUUGGGAACAGCUUCAGAGGACUCGAGGAGAGAUUGCUGGCAAGGAUUCUACAGAAAAAUUAUGCCUACAUUGCAAAGGUUUUAAAAGGACUGGAGGAGCUUGAGCUGCCUGAGACUUCACAGUACACGGACAUAUUUAACGAUACCUCCAUCCACUGGUUCCCUGUACAGAAGCUACGACGACUCCCCACAGACACUUGGGCUUUCCAGGAAGAACCAGACUACCAGGACUGUGAGGACCUUGAAAUCAUUAGGAACAAGGGAAGAGCUCCCUCAGCUGCUGACCAGAACUUACCCUGGCAGGGCAGCUGUCCCCAGAGAUGACAGGGAGGGUGGCCGUGUGGGGAGCACCCUUCUUUGUGGUGGGCCAGACUCAAGAGCCUGGAAAAUACGCAGUGUGGUUCUCCUCAGUGGAGGACAUGCCAUGGAAGGGCUCAGUGUAAAGACUGACCCGCCUUAGCGUUAGCAUUAGGUUUUGUCAUUUCUUGCUGACCUGACCAGGGAUAUCCGUGGAUGGAGAGUAACUAUUUCAGAGGCGGUUUAAAAUACGGUUUAUUCAGGACCAUGUCCCCUCUCCGAUGCAAGGUCCAGCCUUCCCCCUCUACUUGGCCAUGUCGAUCAGGCUCUGCAGGGAGGUGGGCACCCAGGUCUUCUCACCCUGGACAAACACCACUCCCCGGUCGAUGUAGAUGACGAUGCGGCCAAAGGUGUAGAGCUGCUUCCCUUCGUGUCGCUUCCCAAUGACUGGCAUGAAAACAAUGUUGUGCUCCUCGGC